AUGGCGCGCUGCACUGGUGAGGAACUGUGGAAAAAUUCAGCUACCGUGUGGUCUUCCUCGGCCUCCGGAAUGCCCCUUGGGCGAACAGUGAGGCAUCACCAGCGGCAAAGGUUUGUGAAGAACCAUUGGCAGUCCCAGGUAUCUGGUGAUGGGAUUAUUCCAAGUAGAGUUAAUAGCUUUGAAGAAAUGACUAUUCAGAAUAUUCUUCUUGAGAAUAUUCAGAAAGCUAAGUAUAACAAGCCAACGCCUAUUCAGUCAGCUGCUGUACCCAUAUUAAUAAGUGGAAGGGAUAUCAUGGGUUGUGCUCAGACUGGUUCAGGAAAGACUGUGGCCUAUUUGUUACCAAUACUUAACUAUAUAUGUAAGGAAAACUGCAGCAGCCAUUCUAUGGAGGAAACUUCGAAGCCAACAGGCUUGGUUUUGUGUCCUACAAGGGAACUAGCCUUGCAGAUAUAUUUUGAGGCAAGGAAACUAUCUUUUGGGUCCACCCUCCUUAACAAGGUGGUUUAUGGUGGUACAGCAGUUUUUCAUCAGCUCAAGCAAAUUCAGGAUGGUUGCCAUUUAUUGGUAGGAACUAUUGGUAGAGUUGUUGAUUUUAUGAAUAGAGGAAAUCUUCUUUUUGAUGAUUUGAAGUUUAUAGUUUUGGAUGAAGCAGACAAAAUGCUUUCAAUGGGAUUUUUAACAGACUUGAAAAAGAUUUUUCAUCAUUCAUCAAUGCCGCCUCCUGAUCAGAGACAAACAUUGAUGUUCAGUGCUACAUUUCCUUCAGAGGUACAGAGUUUGGCAACAAAUUUUAUGAAUAAUUAUGUAUUUGUUGUUGUUGGAACUGUGGGUGCAGCAAAUACAGAUGUGUCUCAGGAAAUAGUGGAAGUGAAUAAAGGAAAGAAGAAAGACAUCCUUUAUGAGCACAUUGGUGAAUUACUUUCAGCUGAAGAUGGUAUGAAAAUACUGGUGUUUGUGGAAACCAAGAAAAUGGCAGAUUUCAUUGGCGCUUUUUUAUGUAAUAACCAAAUAUCAGCAACAACUAUUCACGGUGAUCGCCACCAACAGCAAAGGGAAGAGGCUCUUAAAACCUUUAGAAAUGGUAAAUUUGAUGUCCUUGUUGCAACAGCUGUAGCAGCACGGGGAUUAGUUCGACUAGCGCCAGAGUAUGUUGUGUGGAAGAAUGCAAGGUGA